AUGAAAGAGAAAGUAGCUCAGAUAAAGACAAACUGCCGUCAAGGUCACAUUUUAGAGGAACUGCUGAAUUUUAAUUUUAUGUUAAUACAGCAAAAAUCUCAUUCUGAAAUGGCAACAGCCAGUUCUCUCCUUACUGAUGACCACUUUCUGUGCUCCAUCUGCCUCGGCGUGUUCACUGAUCCUGUCACCGUACCAUGUGGACACAAUUUCUGCAAGGAAUGUAUCACCCAACACUGGGAUAACAAUGACAAGAGUCAGUGUCCCUUGUGUCAAAAGGUUUUUAAUCCCAGACCAGAGCUUGGAGUCAAUACUUUUCUAUCUGAACUUCUAGCUAGCUUCAGAAACCCUGUUCAGGGUAAAAACACUUCAGAGCAACAAGGAGCCACGUCAGAAGAAGUUCUGUGUGACGUCUGUUCUGAAAACAAACGGAAAGCUGUGAAGUCCUGCCAGCAGUGUCUGUUGUCCUACUGUGAGGCCCACCUGGAGCUUCACCAGAUCAGUGAUGAUCUUGAGCACAAGCUGAUCAACCAUGUGGAGAAACUGGAAACAUGUGAGAAGCAUGGGAGACCCCUGGACAAGUUCUGCAAGACAGAUCAGGUGUGUGUCUGCAAGUUUUGUGAAAUGGAUCACAGACGACAUGACGUUGUCCCUCUUGUGGACGAGUAUGAAAGAAAGAAGAAAGACCUGGAAGAGACAGAAGCUUACACUCAGCAGUUGAUCCUGGAGAGACAAACAAAGAUCGAGCAGGUUAACCAGUCAGUGAAGCUCAGCAAAGUUGAUACAGACAGAGAGAAAGCCAACAGCAUCCGGGUCUUUGACUCGCUGAUUCAAUCUGCUGAGUCUGCUCUGGUUCAGCUUAUUGAAAUAAUCGAAGAGAGCCAGAAAACUGCUGAGAAGCAGGCUGAAGGUUUUAUUAAAGAGCUUAAAGAAGAGAUCGAUAAAUUAAUGAAGAGGAGCUCUGAAAUGAAGCAGCUCUUUCACACCAAAGACCACAAUCAGUUACUUCAAAACAGCUCAUCUCUGAUCCUCGCUGUGCCCACCAAAGACUGGUCCGACAUCAGGAUUUGCUCGUCGCUUGUGGGGAAUAUCAACGCAGCAGAGACUCGGUUGGGAGUGGCGUUAAAUAAAGAGAUAAAGAAGAUGUUCAUCACUGUAGAAGCAAAGCGAGUCCAGCAGUACGCUGUGGAUGUGACUCUUGAUCCGGAAACGGCAAGUCAAAGUGUCACCCUGUCUGAAGAUGGGAAACGAGUUAAAAGUGGACACACACAGAAGUUCAAAGACGGUCCAAGGAGAUGUUAUGAUGGUGUUCUUGGAAAGCAGGAAUUCUCUUCUGGAAAGUUUUACUUUGAGGUUCUUGUUGAAGGGAAAAAAAACUGGGUGCUAGGAGUGGUCAAGGAACUUGCAUCCAGAAAAUACUGUCGCGAAUAUAACACAUCUAAUGUGUGGAUGACCGGCCAGUUGGGAGCUCACGGAGCUGAGAGCUGCGCGAGUGCGUGGGAUGUGGGGAUGAUUCUCCAGCUGGGUGCUCACGGAGCCAAGCGCUGUAUGCGUGCUUCGGAACCGAGGAUGAUCCGGCGGCCGACCGCUGCUGACCAGCUUGCGGCACACAAUCGGGGGAGAUGUGGAGAUCGCCUAAUCACAUCAGAUUACUGCGUAUGGGGAAAGGAGCGGUGCUUUCGGAGUUCCCCUGAUGCUCGAGGUGGGUGCUUGGUGCCUGUUGUUUCUUUGGGUUCCACCGGGUUGCCCUCCCGCUCUCGUUUUCGCCGCUCUCGUUUUGGACGGCACAAUCAGCGGGGAAUAAAUCUGGCCAACCUACAGUAUAUUGCAAGAUUUGAUGGAGCCGGACUUUCUCUUCCAUCGGGAAAGCAGUCGACUCGCUUUGCACUGAUCAACGCCAGAUCGAAUGGCUUCUGGACUCUGCGUUUGACUGAGGAAAACAAAUAUGAAGCUGCAGAUUCUAAAAAACCCAUUGAUGUAACCACAUCACCUGAAAAGGUGGGGGUGUAUGUGAGUUAUGAGGAGAAACUGGUGUCUUUUUAUGAUGUAGAUAACGCUCAACUGAUCUACUCAAUUACUGACUGUAAAUUUGAUGAGGAAGUCUACCCAUAUCUCAAUCCUGGUUAUGAUUUUAAGGGUCAAAACUUUGCCCCUCUGAUCAUCUGUCCAGUUAGAGCCCAGAAAAUUAAAUGAAACACUGAGAGAAUCAAAGUGAAAGUUCACAUCACUUAAAAUGGGAUUGAGGAAAGAUCAUUAGCAUUUAGCAUGUAACCUGUUGUGGAUAGCUUUUUAAAGUUUGGAGAAAUAGAUUUGUUCUGAUCUAAAUGAUGCACAAACUCUUCACAACAGGACUCGUUUCAGCGUCUCCUGAAAAAUCACAGAAGCCCCCACCCCAAAAAAACAAGAUGGACACAGAAUAGGGGUGGGUGGGCCUAGGCUCAAAAUAUCAAGUGAUGCUUGGUGAUGGUUCAAAAUGUAUAAAUUAGUGUAUUGAAAUGUAUAAAAAUUUAAGGAUGGCUUUUCUUCCAUAACUCAGUAAUGAACUGAGAUGUUGGAUUUAAAUCUGCACAUUAGGAUGUGUAAUGUGACACCCUUUAUUGGCUUCUGCAGCCUGCCACUAGGGGGCACCUAGUAGCUUCAACUUGUGUGUUUGGUUCCCAUCUUUAGUUAUUUAUGUUCCAUCACUCUUGAAUUUAACACAUUAUAUAACUGUGUGCUGUUUCUCUCAGUAAAUAGCCCCAGGUUUAGUUUGACCAAAUGUAAAAACAUAAAAUAAUUAGGUGUUGGUGAGAAUUAACUCAAGUAUAAACUAGCAUUUUAGUAUAUUACGCUACUGCUCUCUCUGCUCAUAUUUACUGUAUAUUGUUGCUUUUACUUGUUCAUAAUAAACCUCAUCUUGUUCA